CUCUCUCUCUCUCUCUAGAGUCAGUCAGACAAACACAAUUAACACGCAUAAAUAGAGCUUCACCUUGAAUCUUUUCUUGAUCUUCUCUCUCCCUGCCUCUUCCUCUUCCAAUGUGUGCAUCAGAUAAAGAUCAAGAAGAAGAAGAAGAAUGCCAAUAAGCAUACCAGGAAGAAAUCUCAACCUCUGCUUCACAAAGAUCAAAUGGCCCCAAUCACCCCAAUCCCCUCCCAGGAGUCCCACCCCACAAAACCCAGAUCAUGAUCACAACCGUUCAUUACCCUCCACCAGUACUUCAUCAUCCCUCAUCAGAAACUUCAACUCCCUCUAUGACCACCAAACCUUUGACUCCACCUCCAAAUCCCUCAGCCAGACCUCCUCCACCCUCUCCACCACCUCCUCCUCCUAUGAACCUGACCCUGCCGCUGCCGCCGCCACACCGGUAGACUUCGCCUCCGUCUUCGCCUCCCAACGCUUCUUCUUCUCCACCCCUGGCCGCUCCAACUCCAUUAUCGAGUCCACCAUUCAAGAAUCAACCUUAGCACCCAUUAAUGAUAUUGCCAGACCACCAGAACCAGAGAAGCUCUUCAGCAACAGCGUAGCGGUCCCCACGUACUCGCCGGACCCCUACGCCGACUUCAGGCGCUCCAUGCAAGAGAUGGUGGAGGCGCGUGAGCUACUUGACGUGAAAUCCAACUGGGAUUUCUUGCAUGAGCUUCUUCUAUGCUAUCUCGCACUCAACCCUAAGAACACCCACAAGUUCAUUCUCGGAGCUUUUGCGGAUCUUGUUGUCAACCUCCUGUCACAGCCACCAGCAGAAGCUAGGCCCAGGGAUCCUACCAGUAACUGUGAAAUUUCGCAACGGUGAGAUUUAGGAUUGGAAUCUUACUACAAAAAAAAAAAAAAAAAAAGAAA